AUGGAGGGUGCCAACAACCCAUCAGUCCUUGUUUCUCCAAAAGAAGGGCGAGCCUUGAUGUCGUCAUGGAAGCCGCAGGAGGACGCCACUGUCGAGAGUGACGCGAAAGAAAGGGAACGACAACUGGAACAACUCUCCAAGGAGGAAUUCCGGGAGAAGAUGCUACCAGAACUAAGAAAUAUCCGCAAGAGCUUCCUCACUACCUACAAGGACGCCCAGGCUGAUCGCACAUCAGCAACGACAGCAAUCAGCAAAUCGAUGAUCCGGACCACCACCGAAGUCGAGGAGCUAACUGUAGCCCUACCGUCAUCAUGCAGGCCGCCGCUACUGCCACAGUCCAAGAAGAGAUGA